CUCGCGCAUCCCGUCAUGACCCUUGCCCAUCAAAACCACUUCUCGCCGCCGCCUUCGCUCUUUCCGUUUCCCCUGGUCCAACGAUGGCUCUGGUCUCACUGUCUCUACCCCAGCGUUCUCCCAGAUCUAGGUACUCAUCGUCUUUCGUUUGAUCCAGAUCUGACGCGACUUCGCCCUGCUAGCUACCUGACCUAGCGCUUCUGGCCGACGCUGCCAGCACCCACCGCCUCAACUGCUGUUACCUACAUACAGCUACCUCCGCUGCCUCUACGUCGAUCCUCACCAGCCAUUGGCUCUGCGCAAUCCUGCGCCACCCUUCCGUUUGUGCUCCAACCCGUUGUACACUUUCUCGCGACUACUUGUGCAUUCUCCAGCAGCCGUGUCGGCCAUUCUCCGCGGCAACUUUAACGACCGCUACGACUUACACGAUUUACACGACCAACCAUCUGCGAGUGUUCCUGUUGCUGAUAUUUACACGUCUUCUUUGUGGACACGCGCCCUCCAAGCUUCAGCACUCGAGCGCGCACGACUGCAGCAUCUCUCGCGGCCAUCGAGUUCGUCUGGCAGCAUUGGAAGUCGCAGUCUUCGGCGUACACCUCACUUCGAGGAGUCACGGCCAUCGCGUCUGCGAUCGACGUCUGUAGACGCGCCUGCUUGGACCGAACCUUCACCGGUGAACGUUCGAGAACAGAGUCCGCCGCUACGGUCACAAACGACACCACCCAAGCCGACAUAUCAUCGCCGAGCAACCAGUGCACAAUACAGUACUUCCACGCCGCACCCGGCACUGCGCAUCUCGAGACGGACCCAUUCCGCAAUCCUCUACGCGCUUGAGGACGCGUUACGGAAGCCCAAGCUCUUCACACCGGACGAGGUCGAGGAGUACGCUCUAAUGUCGGAUCUCGGCGGUGGCAGUGCCGCGCGAGCAUCCAAUGGUGGAGCACGAACAGGCGGGCCGGUACCUGUGUCUGGUACCACUCCCAUCCGAACCCCACGCGAUGUCAUGAGAGAUCGCAAUGCGCGUGAGGCCAGAAGGCAGGAACAGCAGAAAGCAGAAGAAGAAGAGGAGGAGCAGAGACGACUGGCCGAGGAGAGGAUACGCAGCGCAGAGAGGAGAGCAGCUACUGUCUCUGGUGCAGCCCCAAGGUUCAGCAGCUCCUCAUCGCAGUACAGCCCAGAUGUACGAGCGCAGCAUGGAUUUGAUGAUCCCGCGGCUGAGAGGCGGCAGAGUAGGGUUGCCGGGGAAGUUGCAGGAACCACUAUGCUUGGAGAGCCGACUGGUAGAUUCAGUCAAGAUCCGCCUGGCGGGGAGCGACCACAGACUGCCGUACGACCCGAACCACUUCGGCCUACGCCCGCCGCCGCGCGAAGGACACAGUCUGGUCAAGCUGGACCACGACAACCGGCACCUGCCACAACAGCUGGCGCAGCCGUAGGACCUUCGACCUCACUACCAGGAGCAUCUACUGCCGAAGCCGCAAAACGGAACACGCAGUCAUCCUUCCCGCACGCUUUUGAGCGAUGGGAAACACUCUCCUCCCACUGGGAAGGUCUUACCUCAUACUGGCUGCAUAAGCUAGAGCAGAACACGGACGAGAUCAGAGAGAAGGUCCCCACGGCCUCGACACUCGCUCGACAGAUUACGGAUCUUUCAGCAGCAGGCGCCAACCUUUUUCAUGCGGUCGUAGAGCUCCAAAGGCUGCGUGCCAGUAGCGAACGCAAGUUUCAGCGAUGGUUCUUUGAGACACGAGCCGAUAAUGAGCGGAAUCGUGAACUCCAGGCAGGCAUGGAGAGGCAGCUGAACAUUGAACGCAAGGCACGCGAAGAGACUGCACAAAAGCAAGCGGAAGCUGCGAGUGCUGUCGAGAGUGCGAAGCGAGAAGUUGCUGAAAUGAGGCGGGAGCUCAUGAUUAGCAAAGACGAGGCACGCCGUGCGUGGGAAGAGCUUGGCAGGCGGAAUCAAGAGUCGCUAGACACUGCUCAGAGCCUUAAGGAGGGUCGAAUCACUGUGGUCAGUGGAGUACAGGUGGUGCCGUAUUUUGGACAGCCUAGCAGAACUGGCAGCGCAAGUCAAGGACAACGACCUGCCACCAGGGAUGGGCCUCAAGCUGGCUAUGCAAGCACUGGUUUUUCGGCAGGAGCGGCAGGUUUGGCAACGCCUGGUGAUGAUGAGAGACAAUACUACCGCGAAGAGGGUCCUUCCCCAACGAUCACUGAUCCGUUCACCGAGAGUGGUCGACAACAACAUGAGCCUGGCAAACCUUCACUUGCGCAAGGCACAUACUAUCCUCAGGGUAGCAGCUCAGCAGCGCAAACGGAGGUAAGCUCAGCAGCUGCACCAACUGCGCUUCAUCCUGCUCAGAUGCGAGAAGGUGUCCAGCCGUCCGCGACAAGCCCUGAACGUUUCUAUCAGCAGGGUGGGACCGGCACUUCGUUACACUCCUCGCAAGGCGAGUCAUCCAGGCCCCCUCCUGGAGCAAUGAUGCCGCCCCCUCGGGCAGAAAACCGUUCACAAACCCGGUCAGAGCCGGAGUCGUACAUCUCGACAGAGUAUGAGCUCGAGCAUACAGGGUCCUUCCGUCUGGACAAUCAUGGCAACAAGAUACCCUAUGGUUCACGUCCUCAGCCAUCUGCGCGAAGCGAAAUUCGCAGCGAGGUGCGAAGUGUGGACAGCGAAGACGACUACGACACCGAACAGGCUGUUCGCAGAGAACGAGAGCUAGCCGCGAUGUAUGGUGGUGGAAUGGUGCCGGAAGCGCCCUCGGUGCCGUCGUCAAGUGCUGCGGCAAUGGCUUCUGGAUAUGUGCCCACGACAGGUCCAGAUCCGCCAGAUUACGAAGGCGCUGGCUACGAGGACUAUCAACAACAAGCCCCAUAUCAAAUGCAAGGCCGGCAUCACCAUCCCACCCGAUUGAGUGAUGUACUGGAAGAAGAGGAAGAACGAAGUAGUCGACGCACUGGAGAUUAGCCAUCUUCUUCACUGCCGACCACUUCGACCUUGGAAAGCGAGAGUCAGGCGCAAAAGAUGACUUGGAGAAAAGCUGCGAAUGCAGCAGUGGCUGACGCUGAUGUCCAUGCGCACGGUGAUGUUCAGCGCAAGUGUAUGAGCUGGCAGGAUGCUGUCAAGGCCGGAACGCAACGAGCAGCAACAACAGCACCUUCCUCCUCGAGGAGAAGAGUGAUUGUAAAUGACCCUCGAGAGCUGUUGAUGAGCUGGCAAGAGGCCGUGCGGACUGGACCCAGCAGAGAACCACGUUCAGCUCCAUGGUCCAGGAGUGGCAGUUUCAGCAAUCUGUUGAAGCCAUCGUCUUUGCGUGUGCAUGGAAGAAGCAAAACGUCGGGUUGAACCUGGACGCUGAUGUGCACAUGGAUUUCCCUUUUUUGUUCGCUGUUUUGGCAUGUCACUGGCACCAAGCUACAUGUUGUUUUCCCUUGCAUAGCGAACGGUGCAUUUUCGGGAGCGAAGGCUUCCUAGCGAGCAGCAGCACGAGAUACCUCUUGAAAGCGAGCGAGCAUGGGUGGAUGAUUUUUGCAUAGAGAGUGAGUGGGAAAGAGAGAGAGAGAGCAAACAGAGUACAGAUGCUACAAUUCGGAAGCAACUAAAGUAGUUCGAUAAUGUGUACUUUUUUGUGUAAGAGAUAAAACAAUUA